AUGCAGAGUCCCCGCACAAUUGGUGCGGGGACCCCGCAACAAUUGGUCGCCGGUAUUGCCAAGUACCCUAGCAAGGUCAUCCGCAAGGACUCCGCCAAGAAGCAGGCCAAGAAGUCGCGUGUGAAGGCUUUUGUCAAAGUCGUCAACUAUAACCAUAUCAUGCCUACGCGCUAUACGCUAGACGUCGACCUCAAGGACAUCUUCGCUGCUGAAUCGUUCUUCUCACGUGACAAGAAGGUGACGGCAUGUAAGGAGAUCAAAGCCAGAUUGGAAGAGAGGUUCAAGACUGACAAGAAUCGAUGGUUUUUCUCUAAACUCAGAUUCUGAGGUGGAAAAAUUAUAAAAUAUUGUG